AUGGACAUCGCAUACGACCACAUCCAGGAGGAGAUUCUGACCUCCAAGCAGGACGACGCUCCGUCCAACUCCAACGCUCAGCAGUCCAACAUCAACCUCAACACCGAGCUCCAGGAGACCUUCCGCGCUUUCUCUGCCAGCCCGUGGGGCACGACCAUUGGAGGAUUGUGGGAUAAUGUGCGCAAGCAGGGCGAGAGCUACUACGAGGGCGCUCGUCAGGAGUAUGCAGCCGCCAGCGAAGAAGCCGUCAAGGGGUUCUCCGACCUGAAAGAAAGCCUCGUCGAUCGGACAAAGGGACUGUCGCUCAGCGCGACCGGGCUUACAGGCGGUGGCGGCGAGGGCCAGACCGACGAGGCCACCACGCCGACAGCGUCGACUGAAAAGGAGUCUCAAGAGAAGGGCGAGGCGACCCCUGCUGCCGGUGGCGAGGGCUUCAUUUCCCGCUUAAAGGCGGAGGCGGCUCGACGACUCAAGGAAAUCGAAAAGGCGGAAGAGGCUGCGGACGAGGCGAUCCUGCGAUUUGGGAUGAACAUCAGCCAGAAGCUGCGCGAUGCAGUAAGCAUCGUGCCUCCUGAGGCUGAUGCUGAGGGCAAGCUCUUGUUCGAGAGCAAGGAUGCUGAGGGCAAGCGGGUCAUCCACGCCACGCGGUUUGAUGCCCAGCUGCACGUAAUCCACUCCAAUCUCGAGAGCUUCACAAAGGACCCUGCUAGUGACAAGUGGCCGGCCUUCCAGAAGGAAUUCAGUGUCGAGGGCAACACGGAGCAGAUCGCUUCCCACUUGGAGAAGUACCCCGAGCUGCGGGCCGCCAUGGAGAAGCUCGUCCCGGAGCAAGUGGAAUAUGCGGAUUUCUGGACUCGGUACUAUUUCCUACGCCUUGUUAUCGAGACUGAGGAGCAGAAGCGCAAGGAACUUUUGAAGGGCGCCAAUACCGAGGAGGAAGAAGAGGUCGGCUGGGACGACGACUCGGACUCUGAGUCUGAGUCUCCCUCGACACCCCAGCUCCGUUCCAGCAACCAAAACCCCGCUCCCAGUCAGGAUGCUCCCGAGGCCGAUGCCCCCAAGCCGGAUACCCCGAAGGCAGGCGCCCCGAAAGCAGAUGCCCCGAAAGCCGAGCCUCGCCGGUCAAAUGACCAGCAGUCGCAGGCCGAUAGCGAAUCCAGCUACGACGUUGUUAGCGGCACGGCCAGCCGGACGCCUGGAAGCCCCAAAGAAAAGAGUCCGACGUCGGACGCAAAGGCGGAUGAGAGUGACGAGGACUGGGAGUAA